GUGAGCAGCCAUCUUGUCCAACUCUUCACAGUUAACUUACUCGACUGAGCGCGGGCCACCGCUUCCCAUCCUCUUUAAACCUCUCCAGUCUGGUUAAACUCGUUUUUCACGUUGUAACCCCUAGUUACCCUCGGAUCUGUGCCCCCCUUCCAAUGUCAACAAACCGGAAACUGUGAGUAGCUGACUGAAGAAAUGUGACAUAAGUUUUGGAGCAUGAUGGAACGGAGUGACCAAGUCGAACCAAUGAAGAGAAAUUCGCCUGAGAGGGUGAAAGAAGGAUCAGCCAGUCCACCGCCGCGUGAUCAAAUGGCUUCUCCUAGUUCUCCAGUGAUGCUGGCCACAAUGACGCCUGUGAGCGUCAUCGAAUUUCAAAAAGAAUACGAACAGCACCAGCCGGAACACCCGCAAAAGAUAAUCUACGUACAACAAGAUUCGGACGAAAUAAUCAUGGAAGGCAACCAGACCUUUACGACUGAAAUCGAAGAUGGUACCACUCCGACGUACCACGGAGCUCCCGGGGCAACAGUGCUAGUCUUGUCAGAACUUGUCGAAGAUAUGUCGCCUCUUCUCGGACUAAGGUUUGCAUUCACACUGUCGAUUAUAAAUCAGUUCUCGUUGACACACUUUAAAGCUGCAAGACUCUACAAUAAUUUAUGCAUGGCUGGUAUCUGUAAGAUUUUUAUAAAUUUCCCCGUUCCACUAAAUUAUACCAUUCGUUUCUAAAAUUACAUUUUUGAAUGAUCGUUUUUGAUCCAUUGUUCUGCUUUGAUAGUUCACCAUGUUUAUUGUC